AUAAUACAUAAAGAUUGUGUUUUGGUAAACAGUGGAAUAGGUACCUAUUAAACAAAUUAAGUAAUAUAAUACUUCGUCUAAAAAUUUAUGUCGGUGUCAAAGUUGACAGUUUAAGUGACAACAAUUGAGAAAAGUUCACACUCACACCAUCACGAAACACUGUUCACAAAAUAAACUAUUACGAAUAGUACAUAUUCAUUAAAACAAAAUGUCUUGCAACUAUGCUGAUGGUUUAUCUCCAUAUGAAUAUAAAGGAGAAGUUGGUAUGAAUGAAGUUUUUGAUACUCCUGAAGUCUUAAAACAAAAAAUUUCACUUCUUGCCAAGUGGAUCAAAGAUUCUAAAUAUACAGUUUUUCAUACAGGUGCUGGUAUAAGUACAUCAGCGGGUAUACCAGAUUUUAGAGGACCAAAAGGAGUAUGGACUUUAGAAAAAGAAGGAAAGAAACCAGAAAUAAGCUUAGAUUUCAAUGAUGCUAAACCAACAGUUACACAUAUGGCAAUCAAAAGCUUGGUUAAAAAAGGUUAUGCAAAAUAUGUUGUCAGUCAGAACAUAGAUGGUUUGCAUUUGAAAUCAGGUUUACUUCGUGAAUAUGUUUCUGAAGUUCAUGGAAAUAUGUUUACUAUGAAAUGUAAUAAAUGCAAAAGGAGCUAUGUCAGUAAGACUGCUGUAAAAACAGUUGGACAACGAUGCUUAAACAUAAAAUGUCUAGGGAAAAAUAAGAAUGGCCAUCAAUGUCGAGGUAUUUUAUAUGAUACAAUAUUAGACUGGGAACAUCAAUUACCAAUCGAAGAGUUAGAGUUAUCGGAGUUACAUUCCAAAAUGGCUGAUUUAUGCAUUUGUCUUGGAACUUCAUUGCAAAUUCAACCAAUCAAUCUGGUUCCAUUUAAUGCGAAAAAAAACAAAGGAAGAGUUGUUAUUUGUAAUUUACAAAAAACAAACUGUGAUCGUAAAGCAGAUUUAGUAAUUCAUACAUAUGUAGACAAUUUGAUGACGUCUUUAAUGGAUAUCCUUGGAGUAGAUAUUGACAAAUACGAUGAGAUUAAAGAUCCAACAAAUAUAAAUCAUGAAAUCACUGAUUGGUCAAUUUAUGAAAUUGAUUUGAAGAAAGUACGAGAAAUUAAAAGAAACACAACAAAAUCAAAAAAAAGGAAAAAGUCUGUAGCCAAAUUGCCUGAUCCAGAAUCAGAAACUGAAUCACCUCAUAAUAAUCAAAUCCUUAAACCAUCAAAAAUUUCUAAACUCAAUAAUAUUGAUAAUAUUAUAAAAUAAUAACAAAAUAAUUAGGUUUUUGAAUUACAUUUUUAGUAUGUUUUCAAUAUAAAUCUUCUAAUUUGGUGUUUCUUAACACUCCAAAAAUAAUUCACAUUGAAAAUCCUUUACUUAUAAAUAUUAUAGUAUAUCAUACAGUGGUUGGAAGUAACAUACUGUUUAUUAGCCAUGCUACAAUAGUGCAUUUAUUUAUUUAUUUUGUUUUUGUAACAACAUUUAGAAAACUAAACAAUACUAUAAUUUUCCAUUGUAAAUAAUAUACAUGUUAUCACUUUAAAGUUCAAACACUACUUUUUACCAGCAUUUUCAGUUUUUAACUAAUUUAUCCUAAACUAGAUAAAAAAAAAUAUGAAUACUAAAUUUAAACAAACACAUCUUAAAAAAUAAAUAAAAUAAAUAAACGCCACAAUU